AUGUCACCCAUCUUUAACGCACGUAUCAAGCUGGGGCCACCCAUCUGCUUUCAUCCUCGCGCGAAAUAUUCUCCGCUUGUCCUCACAACGACUUCCCUCGAUACUAUUAUCCUCCAUCUCCUCCUAUUCAUGGAGGCAUCCUUUAUCAACAUCAAGAAAAUGCCUUCUAACCGCGCUGCCUACCAACCAGCUCAAAAGGCGCCUUCCCUUGAGGUUCGCGAUGCUCCCUACAAGCCCGCUGAUGCCGACAAAAUUGUCAUCCGGAACGGGGCCGCUGCAAUCAACCCCAUUGACUGGUUGAUCCAAGCACGAGGUGAUAUCAUGUUCACCCAUCUUGCAUAUCCCUUCGUACUGGGCUCCGACGUUUCUGGCGAAGUCGUGGAGGUCGGUAAAGAUGUUAAACGCUUCAAGGUUGGAGACCGCGUUGUCGGUUUUACCCGCGGAAGCGACCCAAAAAUAAAUGACCCUGCCGAGGGUGGCUUCCAGCUAUACACAGUUCUCCGCCCCAACAUGACCUCUCACAUUCCCGACAAUAUUUCUUACGAAGAGGCGUCUGUCAUUCCUCUCGGUAUUGCUACUGCCGCUGCUGGUCUCUUCGACAAGACAGAAUUGGGUCUCGAUUUGCCCUCAGAGCCCGCUAAGCCAUUCAACGGCAAGACUGUCCUUAUCUGGGGCGGUUCUACCAGCGUCGGUGUUAAUGCUAUCCAACUUGCUGCAGCCGCCGGCUACGAGGUCUUUACGACCGCCUCCCCCAAAAAUCACGAAUAUCUCCGGCGCCUUGGUGCUAAUCAUGUCUUUGACUACAAAAGCCCCACCGUCGCCGCUGAGAUGAUAAAGGCUAUGAAGGGCAAGACUGCUGCCGGUGCUUUGUCCAUUGGUCAAGGGGCCGCCGAGAAACUCAUGGAAAUACUCGAUCAUUGCCAGGGAAACAAAUUCGUCGCGUUAGCCACUUUCCCUGUUCCCCAAAAGGAGCCCCAGAAUUUGAUCUUCCUCCGCACCGUUAUCUUCUUUGUUUCAUGGAUCAUCUCCUACAAGGUGAAGGGCAUGUUCAAGGGUAUCAAAUCCAACAUGCUGAACGCUGGUAUGAUUACCAACAGUGAAGUUGGACGUGGUAUAUUCGUUGAUUACCUUCCCAAAGCCCUUGCCGCGGGCACUUUUACUCCUGCUCCCAAGCCUGAGGUUGUAGGGACCGGUCUCGAAUAUGUUCAGGAUGCUUUCAACAUCCAGAAGAAAGGUGUCUCCGCGAGCAAAAUCGUUGUCAAGCUUUAAAACAAACCCAUGAACUACUCCGUGUCUUUUCCCGCGCUCCUGCUCGUUUGUGUUCAUUUUUUAUCACCUGGCCCUACGGUUGUGAAACUAGAUAUCCCUAUGGAUUUUCAUAAUCUAUUUUUGAUAUCCACU